UCUUGACCAAAGAUAGAAUUAAGACUGUCCGAAGGAAAGCAAACAUCUGCACGUAUCGCAACUGGAGCUCCCCACGCUGGCUGAAGGGUGGAGGACCGUGCAUACAUUUCUGCGGUCCAUACGACUCUACUGGAAGAACAGGCAUGCAGUGUUUGCCGUGACAGUAACCGCUUAACACAGAUUCGCAAAUACAAAAGGCGGAAGACGAUACAGACUUGGAACGAGAGAUGAGCUUGCAUUGUUAAGAUGAAAGUUCACUUGAUAAUUAAUGGGUGAUAAUUCGAAAGAUAAUUUCCACGUCACACAAGGUGUCUUAACGGCCUUGAAAGAAUAAAAAAAAAUCUAUUGUCAUAUAAGAAGAUUCGUUGAGAGUGAUGUAUUAAUUAAUAAGCGAGACACUAAGCUAGACACCUGGUAAUUUUUAAAGAAUAAUCGAAAUGGAUAAGAAGAAAGAGCUGUUCACUUGCCGAGAUGUUCUCUGGUACAUGGUAUUUUGUGGUUUUGCCGUUAAUUACGUGCUGAGGAUAAAUCUGAAUCUUACCAUAGUGGCGAUGGUGCUACCGUAUCCUAAACCCGCCGCAAUCGUGCAAUGCAACUUAGAGGAUAACACGAUGCCCUGGAUGAAUGAGACGGCUCAAGAUAGCAAUGUUUCUUUCCCGAUUACGACGCCCUCCUCCGAAAACGUUACGUACGAGGACCGAUUUGCCUGGAACGAGUAUCAACAGGGAUUAGCAUUGGGCGCUUAUUACUGGCUGCACUGGUUGUCGCAACUACCGGGCGGUCUUUUGGCCAGACGGUACGGUACGAAGCUUGUAUUUGGAUUAGGAAACUUCUUAACGGCUCUCUUAGGAUUUUUUAUUCCCUAUGUGACCCAUUUGUAUAGUUUGAUCAUGCUUCGAGUGCUACAAGGAUUAAUAGCGGGUGUUAUGUGGCCUUCCAUGCACGACAUGACAGCCAAGUGGAUUCCACCGAAUGAAAGAAGCAGAUUCGUCAGCGCUUAUCUCGGGAGUUCUGUGGGAGUGGCAAUUACUUAUCCCUUGUGUGCGGCUGUCAGCAGUAGCUUCGGUUGGGGCGCAUCUUUCCACGUAACGUCUUUCCUGGGAGUGAUUUGGUACUUCUUUUGGCACUUCUUUGUGUAUGAUUCGCCGCAGCAACAUCCGCGGAUCUCUGAUGAGGAGAAGAAGUACAUCGUCGACAAUAUUUCUGGGUCCGUCGACGAUCAACAGAAAGAGAUACCUUGGAAAGCGAUAUUCCGGUCAGGACCGGUAUGGGUCACUAUCGCCGCUCAUUGGAGCGGUGCCUGGGGCUUUUUGACUCUCUUGGCGCAGGCGCCAAGUUAUUUCAACUUCGUUCACGGAUGGAAUAUUAAUGCUACCGGAUUGUUGGCAGGAGCGCCGCAUAUACUCCGCAUGAUCUUCUCAUAUUUCUUCUCGAUGAUGAGCGACUGGCUGCUCCGCACGAAUAGAAUGAGCCUGACGAACGUGAGGAAAUUGGCAACCUUCGUAUGCACGGGUAUUCAAGGCCUGCUCAUUAUAGCCCUUGGAUUUAGCGGAUGUCAACCAUUGCUCGCGGUCGUGUUCAUGAUGAUCGGUAUCACAGUUAACGGCGCCGUUUCCGCCUCUAGUUUGGCAAAUUUCGUUGACCUCAGUCCGAAUUAUGCCAGCGUCCUCUUUGGAUUCUGCGGCAUGGUCAUUAUAUGGUCCGGCUUUAUCUCACCGGUGAUCGUCGGCAUACUGACGAACAAUAACCAAACUGUGGAGCAGUGGCGUCUGGUCUUCCUGAUUGCUGCCGCGAACUCAUUGGCGGGCUGUAUCAUAUAUAUGAUGUUUGGCACUUCGAAGGAGCAACCGUGGAAUCAGUAUACCAGAUUGAACCCGAAAGAACGGGAGAUGCAGAAGCUGGCCCCGGAGGCGUUAAAAUGUGAGAACAAUACAGAGAACAUGAGUGACAUUGAAAAAUCGAAAUUUAUCGAAGAGAGGUGAAAUAACUUACGGUAUAUAGUUUGUGAGGUAAUAGUUUCCAACGCAGCUAUCGCGAUAAGACGCGGAAGAUAAUAGUUUAACGAUGAGAAGAUGACUCCUUCUGUGUGAAUAUAUGUAUAUUACAACAAACAGGAUGUCAACGAUUGAUCGUAUAUAUUUAAUAAUAUGCAUAAUAAUACACUUAUAUAAUUUAUUUUUGAAACAUUCCGUCACGAGGAAAUAAAGUGAAAGAGAGAAUGUGAUAUUGCGGUGUAAAAUAAAUGCUACGAUAUUUGUAGCACGCUGAGACC